AGACUUGCUGCUGUAGUAAAUGCGAAAGGCGCUUCCACAAAGUAUUAGUUGGGAGGGGAUUUGCAGGCUUGUGCAAUUAGGGUGUUGUCAGUGUUUUUAACCGGGAAGCAGAGCAAACUGAGUUCUGGCUGGGUCCGGCUCAGCGAGACAGAGGGUGGAGUGUGACUGGCUGGGGAGGUAAAUUUGGGUCAGCACAGCAGGUGAGGGGCAGGAGGGGGGAGGGUCAAAUUCAAACAAACAGGAGACUGUCAGUGAGUCGUCCCCCCCCGCCCUCCUGUUAAUUAUAUGUUAUGUUUUCCACUUGGUCUUGACUGAAUGGGCCCAUUUGAACAUGAAGGUGGUGGGGGGGUGGGUCACACCCUUGACAUUUAACCCUUCCCUGUUCCUCUGUGUUCCAGGUUUAACAGACCUAUGUUGGAGGGGCUCUGAGAAAAAUGCAAGAAGAGUGUCUGUCCAAACUCUACUGAUGAGGGAGGGGCCUGCAGACCCUGAGGGCUAUGGGGGGUGAGGAGGUGUGGCUGUGGGCGGAGUCAGCGGGUUGAUUGGAUGACUCGUCCGUGUACCCCUCUCUGCAGACUGACCACCUCGGACUCUGAAGAUGGCACGCAGAGAGAUCUGCUGGACCCUGCUGGCUUUGCUGUGCUGUAUAGCACUCAGGGUCGUCUGCGCAGGCAGGCAGAUGCCCAAGCUCUCCGACAGGAAGCUGUGUGCAGAUUCGGAAUGCAGCCAUCCCAUACUCAUGGCCCGCGCCCUGGAGGACUUCUACCCCCAGGACUGCCGCUUCAUCCCCAUCCGACAAGGCCAGGUUGUCUACGUGUUCGCCAUGCUUAAGGACAGCGGGAAUCUCUUCUGGGCAGGAAGCGUUCAGGGGUCGUACUACGGAGAGCAGGAGGCUCGGAUCGGACAUUUCCCCAGCAGCGUCGUGCAGGAGACCCAGGCGCUGAUGCCGGCCACGGUGGAGGUCGAGACGGACAAAUGGGACUUUUACUGCUCAUGAGUGAAACUGGCGGCCGUGGUCAAACUGAAGUCAUCCGCGGCGAUCCUGCACAUCUAAAUCCACAUUUACAAUGUUCACAAUGCUUGUUAGAUUAGCUAGUUCAUGCGCUGUGAUGCGGUGAUUUGGAAAAAGGCAUCAUUAUGCUUAAUGUAAAGUCCCAAAAGGGACUUGAACCAAGUUUAAUAGAAUCUUUAUUUUACAUUAUUAUCUUAUAAUAUCUUUCAUAAAUAUCUGAUCAUCGCAUUUAUUCAUUUAAUAAAUACGCUGCUCUCAA